UGGGUUUGUAACCUCCUCCAGGCCAAUUCACCCAAGGCUUCCUCUGGGGAAUCUGCAUCUUAAUUCAAAGGCUGCUCCAGUCCCACCAAGCCCCAGCCCUGCUGCUCCUCCUUGGAAUGGAGCUGGUGCCACCCCCUCCGGUCUCUCACCUGAAUGGUAACUGGCACUACCAGUUCCGGAUCAUCCUGCUGGGGGAUUCCACCGUGGGCAAGUCCUCCCUGCUGAGGUGCUACGCUGAGGGCUCCUUCAUCCCGGCUCCCUGCCCCACCGUGGGUGUGGAAUUCUACAGCAAGAUGAUGGAGCUGCCUCCGGGCAUCAAGGUGAAGCUGCAGCUUUGGGACACAGCUGGCCAGGAGAGAUUCAGAUGCAUCACCAGGUCUUUCUAUCGGAAUGCUGUGGGUGUGCUCCUGGUGUUUGACAUGACCAACCGUAAGUCCUUCGAGCACAUCAUUGAGUGGUACCAUGAAGUGGCCAGCAUCCAAAUUAUGGAGAAGGUCAUCUUCCUUCUGAUUGGCCACAAAAGUGACUUGAAGUCAGACUGCAAAGUCUCCACUGAGGAGGCAGAGGGACUGGCAGCCUCCCUGGGCAUAGGCUUCAUUGAAACAUCUGCCAAAAGCAACACCAAUGUGGACUUGGCCUUUGAGACCUUGACCAACACCAUCUAUGAGGCUCUGAAGAACAAGGAGAUCGAUCUGCAGGAAGGCUGGGAUGGGGUGAAGGUGAUUCACAAGAGAACCUGCAAUCCCCAGAAGAAGAGGCGAAAACCACAAGAAAAAUGCCAAUGUUAACCCAGAAGUUAGGGACUAGGACCUGAAGUAGGGAUGGAAUUGGUGGAGGAGAGACUGGAUGAGCCGAUUCAGAAAUAAAUUAGGGAUGGGCCUGAGAUGCAAAGUUGGAGGAUCAGGGGGAUGGGAGUUCUGUUUGUCUCUAGGGAAAAUAAAAACCUCCAGGACUUGCUUUCACCCAUUGUAGUAGGUGACUUCCAUCAAAAUAGUAAAAAGUGCACUACUGCCCCCUUUAGGUGGAGAACAGGGAAUCCAGGACCAGUGACCCACCACUGACUAGCUGCUAGAGGCUUUCCCUUGGUUCUUAGCAGGGGAAAUCCCUUUUAAUACACUGCAGGACUGGCUCUAAAACUUUGUAAUUACUUAUUUUUAACUGAAUUUUAGGACUAAGAAAAUCUUUAGGAAUCUAGGAGUGCAGCUCUUACGGCAUUACAAGGGAUUAAAUCCCCAAAUCCCUGCUUUAUUGAAACAUGCCAGAGACUUUAGCUUUACAAAGAAACCGGCAUGGCCUGAUUUUGGGUGCCUAAGGAAUGUGGUGAGUGAAAGAAUUCUCAGGACAUGAGGAAGCCAAUUAGAUGUUUCCAGAGGGUAGAAUUCAGUUGCAGUGCUCAGUGCAGAGGGGUGAGAUUCACCCCUUUGCAAAGGGCCAGUAUCAUGCUUAGGCACCCUUUUAAUUAAUUUGUUAAUUGUAGAACAAAUUGCUCAUUUUCUAGCGUAACCCUAUACUAUUUGGUCUAGACUGAGGAGACCUUAAAAGUACAUUAUUAGUAUUCCAUCAAGAUCGGGACCCCAUUGUACUACGUGCUAUACCAACAUAUAGUAAGAGACAGUCCCUGCCCAAAGGGGCUUGCAAUUUAAACAGAUAAAGGGGUCAGAGGGGAAACUGAGGCACAGAGCAGGGAAGUGACUGGCCCAAGCUCAAAGGGAGAGCUGGAAAUAGAAACUAUGUCUCCUGACUGUCCCACAAGUGUCCUGUCCAGUCAGCCACACUCCCUCGCUGAUCAUGCUCCUAUGCUCAGCCUUAUGGCUUGAUUGCAUUUGAACACUUAAAAACUGCUAUGGUAAACUCCCAGGGACAGAUUUCCCCCUCCCGUAUCCUGUAUAAUGCCAUAGAUUUCAAUGGCAUAGCCUGGAUCUAAACAAGAGUGACAUUAUGGUACCAUCUUGCAUCUAGUUAGAAAAAUCCAAGCUCUGUUCCUCCAUAGCCAGGCAUACUGCAUCUGUCGAAAAUCAAGCGCGCAUUAAAUGCCCUAGGUGAAAUCCUGGCCCAUGGGAAAACUCCCGCUGACUAUGUAGCACCAGGAUUUAAUCCCAGUGUAUUUACAGGUGUCUGUUAUUAUUGUUUGUGGGUAUGAAGCUGUGCUACAUAUGGACUAGUGCAAUCCUGCUACUCACAUGUUUCCAGCUUGUAUGGAUUCUUUAUUAAAAAUAAAUCAUUUCCUUUGUAUAAUUUGGUGCUUCCUUCAAGAUUGGGG